UAUUAUCAAGCUGACAAUUUGUCGAGUGCAAGCGAGAAUAGUAUCUUUAUAUUAAUAAUUACAAUUAAAUUAAUAAAAUAAAAAAAAAAUAAAUUUGAAAUGACUAGUGACGAAAAUGGCUAUGAUUCUAAUGAUGGUCCGGAAGAGAAGCGUUCCAAACAUUCCUCUAGCAGUCACCACAAAAAAUCUAAAAAGCAUAAGAAACACAAAAAGUCGAAUAAGGGUGAUAAGUCACAUAAAAAGCAUAAGAAAUCGUCAAAGAAAAGAUCUCGGCGACGCUCUGGUUCUUCAGAUUCUUCGUCUGAGAAGGAGGUGGCUGGGGAGAAGAGAAAAAGUGGUGCUUUGAAUGAAAAAUUCACCGAGAUCAUGGAAAAAGUGAAAAAGGACGUGAACAGCACACUACGUGUCGAACAUGAUACCAAAACAAAUAAAUUUGUAAUUACAAAGCCCAACCUACCCACAGAUCCAUGUAGCUUGGUGGAAGAGAUAACAAAGACUAUCCAAAACAAAGUGUUACCCACAAUGGAAAUUGCCUCCUCAGGAUCCGAAAGUGAUAUACCCAUUGAUGAUGCCAGUCCUGUUGUAUCAAUAAUUGAAGAUGAUUUAAACCUGGAGGACUUAAUGAAGCAAAAGGCUUUGCUACAAGCUCGUUUAGGUGCUUAUAUGUCUGAUACGGAAGGUGACGAUAGCCAACCAAAUUCAAUGCCAAAACGGGUGAUUGUUGCAUCCUCUGUUCCACAAACUCAAACCUCAAAUAGUGUCGAAAAAGUGAAAAGACCUAUUGCGAUUCCCACUGCAUCGUCACCGCCGGCAAUAUCAACUAGUAAAAGUAACUCCAAAAUUUUUAAUAAUAAAAAUGAAGAAAAUGAUGUUAUCUUACUGGAUGAUUCCAGUGAUAGUCCAAAUCCAACGGCUGAUCGCGUACACAGGGUUGUAAGACGUUCAAAGGAGUCUGAUCGAAGCAAAACUGAAAAAGAGAGACUUUCAUCGAAUAAUUCUGCGAGAGAAAGUAAAAGCUCACGCGAUCAAAGAGAGUCUCGUAGUAAACAACAAUCACACGGCGAUCGCAAUGCAUCAAGAAUUCGUAGCCGUAGUCGUUCUUCAAGUAGAAGAGAUCGCGAUCGAUUCUCUAGAGAUAGAAGACGUAAUGCUGAAGUAGAAGAUGAACGCAAUCGACAACGUCACCGAGAACACUAUGAUCAUAAUCGUCAAAUGGAAGAUUUGCGCCAAGAAAUUAAUAGAGAUAAAUUACGUGAGACGGAUAUUGGUCGCGACAGAGACAAUAAAGCCCGUGAAGACAGAUCACGCCACAAUGACCGUGGCGGGGGAGGGGGUGGAAAUCGUGGAAGGGAGAGGGAGCGUGAGAGAGAUCGUGAUAGGUGGAUGCGGGAACGUUCACAUAGCCGCAGUAAGGCCGAAUCAGAUAGGAAACGUGAACGCGACCGUCAACGAUCCGGAAAAGAUAGAUCGGAUCGACCAGAUAAAGAUCGUUAUCGUGGAUCUUUGAGCGAAGGACAAAAGGUUCAACAAGCUGAUUCAAGCACUGACGAGGAAGUCAACAUCGACAUAGAUAUCGAUGAAGAAGAUGACGAGGAGAAGAUCAUCGAAAUGAGGCGAAAACAAAGAGAAGAGUUAUUAAAGAAACUAGGUGAUGGCAAUCAAAACAAAGGCAAACAUUUUGAAAAGGAAAAUAAGGAUAACAGCACACUAUCCGUGUCGGAGGAAAAGCGAACGUCAAGAAACGAAAGAUCCACAACGUCGUCGUCGUCGGAACGUCCCAAUCGAUCACGUUCUCGUUCUCCUAAUACUUCAGACUCUUCACGGCAACCCACAGAAAAUGCCGAACACACACCAAGAGAUGAAAGCAAUACAACUGAACAGCAAGGGGAAUACAAUAAGAACGCCAAUACAUCCACUAAGGAAAAACGAACAGAAUGGGACAUGUUCGCCGAUCAGGAUGUCGAUUCAAAUUUCGAUUCACCAAACACAAUUGUUCAAAAUAAAAAUAUGGCCGAAAAUCCAUCGUUGACCGACAAUUGGGAUGAUGCCGAGGGUUAUUAUCGAGUACGUAUCGGAGAAGUAUUGGAUAAUCGCUACGUUGUCAAUGGCUAUACCGGACAAGGUGUAUUUAGUAAUGUAAUCAGAGCUCGCGAUCAAGCGAGGGGAAAUGCUAAUGUGGCUGUAAAAAUUAUACGUAACAAUGAAAUCAUGCAUAAGACCGGUUUACGCGAAUUGGAAAUUUUGAAAAAGUUAAACGAUGCUGAUCCUGACGAUCGUUUCCAUUGUCUUCGUCUAUUUAGGCACUUUUUUCACAAGCAGCAUCUUUGUAUGGUGUUUGAGCCAUUGGCCAUGAAUCUGCGCGAAGUGUUAAAGAAAUAUGGCAAAAAUGUUGGUUUGCACAUAAAAGCGGUACGCAGCUAUACUCAACAGUUGUUUUUGGCUUUGAAACUGCUAAAGAAAACUGGCAUUCUACACGCCGAUAUUAAACCAGAUAACAUUUUGGUAAAUGAAAACAAUUUAAUUCUAAAAUUGUGUGACUUCGGUUCGGCUUCGACCAUUAAUGAUAAUGAAAUCACACCGUAUUUGAUAUCUCGAUUUUAUCGCGCUCCUGAAAUCAUACUUGGCAUACCGUAUGAUUAUGGUAUUGAUAUGUGGUCGGCGGGAUGCACUAUUUAUGAAUUGUAUACCGGUAAAAUUCUAUUCAGUGGGAAGAGUAAUAACCAAAUGUUGAAAUAUUUUAUGGAUUUGAAAGGCAAAAUUCCCAAUCGCAUAGUACGUAAGGGUCAAUUUAAGGAUCAACAUUUUGACCAGAGUUGUAAUUUUCUAUAUCAUGAAAUUGAUAAAGUUACAGAAAGGGAAAAAAUUGUGGUCAUGCCUGUUGUGAAAGCUACGCGAAACCUUCAACAAGAACUGAUAGCGGAUCAAAAUUUGCCUGAUGACCAACACCGCAAAGUAACUCAAUUAAGAGACUUAUUGGAUAAUAUAUUUGCUUUGGAUCCGUCAAAACGCAUUUCCCUUAAUCAGGCUCUGACUCAUCUUUUUAUACAGGAGAAAAUGUAAAAUGGCUUCACAUGCAGUCUGUUGAUGUUCUUCGUUACACAAAAGAAAUUCGAUUUCUACGACAUGCGAAAUAAAGGCACGUCAGGCCCAUGCUUAAUGCAGAUCCUCGUUCACGUCAAGAGUUCGAGAGUUUUCCUCAACGCCGAGGCGAAACAUGUCCAAAGCUAAAUUUUCUGAAAGUAACAGUAGUAGUACUUGUGAUAGAGUGCAAUCAACUCUGAACAUAUAUAUAUAUUUGAUGUAUGUGUAUGAUGUGUUACACACACGCAGAUGAGAUUUGUUAAUAUAAGUAUUUGUAAAAAAAGGCUUAAAAGUCCCUCAUGUUUGAGAGAAAACGGACAUGGAUUGCAUGUUUCGAAAACAUGUACGGAAACGUUUUAGAGCGCUCUGCCUUCCGGAGCGGUUUGGCCGCACAUAUAUGUAUUAAUGACGGAGAAUAACAGUUAAAAAAAGGUUGUUCAUGUUCUCGCCAGGAUUGCAACUCAGACGUUUUCUGUUGUAGGAGCACGUGCUAACCAUGCUAUUCACCAGUGCUGCCACAUUCAUAAACUCAAGAAAGUUGAAAAUAAUUGUACGAUUUCCUAAUUAUUUUUCAAUUCUGUCAAAAAAAUAUUUUUCGCUAGGUUAAUGAUGUUUCCGACAGACCAUCUCUACUUGUAAAUAAAACAACCCAAUUGUCCGGCUGCACACCGUAAGGUUCUCAGUUUCUAUUACAAAUAGAAAAACAAAAAACCUUUUUUUUAAGUUUUCAUUCUUAUUUCUUAAUUCUCAAUUCUCAUUACAUUUCUUCAUCGAGACGAGCCAAAUGAUGGAAGAAUUUUUGCAAUGGAAGUGGAUCUUCGCCUUAUCAGGCAAAAAACUUGAAAAUAAAAUUGAUUGAAUCGAGGCUGAUACUCGGAGCAACAGCGAUAGCCGUUAUUGGCACAACUUCCGAAAGAGGCACAGAAACAUGUGUAUAUUAUUCAUUAUAGUUGCAUGGACAAAAAAUCUAUGAUUACAACAAACAAACACAUGCAUUGGAAAAGGAAAAGCUAGCAGACAGGGUGUCGAGGUUCGUUAGUGUCGUAUCAAUGCGUUCUACUGCGGUGUUUAAGGACUCGAUUAUGGAUGGCAACUCAACUAUAGUGCCGUUGCAGAAUGAUGAAAUCGUGAAAUAAAAAUUAGUAUAAAGUUGGAAA